GUCGGAACGGAACGAAAACCGAAAACGAAAAACGAAAAAAACGAUAUUUUUGACCGGAACGAAAACGUAAGCGGAACGUUAUUUAUUAUUUCGUUCCGGAGUAAAAACGAAAUAUUUUUUAUCGUUUUUCGGUUCACGGGAAAACUUGGCGAAACGGAAAAACCGAGGUCAUGCAACGUGAGCAUCAAGGCAUAGCUCAGGGUACAGAAUCAGUGCGCAUCUCGGACAGAUAUCCCAAAGUAAAAAUGUUGAAAUAUUGCGGAAAGCUAAAAAAGUCGCAACCACAGCUGUUUGUAUUAUUACAACUGGACUUUCGUGUGCCUCUCACACAGGCCGUAGUGGAGAGGGCAUUGUCGGCGCUGCAGUUUGCUUGAUCAGAACAGCGGUCGCGCAUAUCAGAUGACGGGCUCCUUCUGAGAUCAUGCUCACACUCUUGACACAAGUCAUUGAGCCUGCUCUACAAAGUUCUAAUUCGCUCUUGAGAAAAUUAACCACUAUAACUUAGAAAAGCACUGGUUUGCGUUAUUUGAUUACGAAUUCAUGGUACAGUUACCCGCGAUUCUCUUAACAACGUGGGAAGGAUUUGUUUUAGCCUGUCCCGGAUUUUUAAAGGGGAAGUCUAAUGUCCGCCGCGGUGGAUAAGUGGCUACGGUGCUCGGCUGCUGACCCGAAGGUUGCUGACCCGACACCCUGCCCCUGACACACAAGGCAGUCUUCGCACAAAAGCAGAUCUCGCAUCUGCUUUCAAACGUCUGCAAGUCAACAAUGCAGUUCUUUUCUUUAAGACAUCUAAGGGCAAUUAAUUAUUCAUAGCUUUACUCCACAAUGUGAAGCUUCGCGCUUCGCAUCACUCGCUUUUUCAAAGAGAGGCAUUGGUACGUCUCAUGGUACUGUAAACGUGGUAGCGUUUACUAAAGGCGUGUUAACAAAGAUGGACAAAUAAAAACACGGUAUUUGUCCUACCACUGUUGUAAACAAAGCGCGAUUGCAUACCUUCUGCAUCGAACAGCGGCAAUCCAUCGCCGCCGUCACUUUUGAUCGUGAAGCAGCACCGAAAGCUUGUAGAAGUGUAUUCCUGGUGAGUUUUCAGUCGUGUUCGAGCAUCCAAAUACCCAGCAGUUGUUUCUCGACGCCGCUGAAGGCUGUCACAAUUGUAAAAUUGCGAUAGAAAAAUGCAAGUAUCACAGAAACUACAGCGGUCGCCUACACGCCCACGGGAACACUGCUCGCGCGAGUGCGCUUACGCUUCUGAGCCGCAGCGACAGGUGGCGUCGGCGGCGCUUUGCGCAGCGCCUAUUGUUUCGUUUUCUGCUGGUGCAUCGCUUCCUCACCGAAUUUUUCAGCUAGUUCAGAUGGGACACGACAGAACAAACCGCGCUCGACGGCAUUUCAAAUAUGACAGCGUCUCAGACAAAUCGACAUGUCAGGUUGAGAACUGCCAGCACGUUGUGUCGGGCGACCAUGGUGGAAACCUGGAGCGUCAUUUGCAGCGGCGCCACAAGGAAGUGUACGACAACAUUCUGGCCGAAAAGGCCAGCUCUACAAAGCGUGUUGUGUCGGACGAGGCGGAAGGCUGUCCUGCGGCAAAGCUCAGGCAAGUGAAUAUACAGAGCAUGUUUCAACCCACAUCGUCGAAGUGUGUUUUGCUGGAAAUAACAGAGGACAGCAUUAUGAAUAGUUGCGUUGUGCUAGUCACGAGAAAUGGUCGGCCAUUUCGGCUAAUUGAUGACUCCGGCUUUCGCAAAAUAAUUGAUCCUGUCCUAAAAGCGCUCAGUGCUAAGCGAGCCAUCACAGCCGAGACUGUUAAGGACAGGGUCCAGGAACAAGCCAAAAGCAAGAGAGAAGAAAUUUCGCAGACGCUGAGAAAACGUAUGUUUUCUUUGAAAAUUGACUGCGCGUCGCGACUUGACAGGGCUCUGCUUGGCAUCAACGUACAGUAUGCCGAAAAAGGGAAGCUAAUUCUUCAACCACUGGCCAUGAAGGAGCUUUUCGCUAGACACACUGCUGAGCAUCUGACAUCACAGGUGAAAAGCACUCUGUCACGCUACGACUUCAGUGUCACCCAAAUGUACAGUGUCACAACUGACAAUGGUACAAACAUGCUAAAGGCUGCUCGUCUUCUUGGUGAAACAGACCAUGAAACCGGCGCUUCUAGUUCAGACGAGGAGGUUGAUAGUGGCUACCCGGAAUUUGGACAUUGCGGCUCUUUACUGGACGAUUCAGAGGAUGCGGAGCGCCUUGAUCUUGAUGGGGCAGAUUUCAAGUUCGGCGUAAGGUGUGCUGCGCACACUCUGCAACUGGCUGUUAGCGACGCUGUAAAGGACUCGGGUGUCAACACCCUCAUUGCACAAUGUCGUGCACUUGUGAAGAAACUCCGCGCACAAAGUGCAAUGGGUUUGAUAAGGAAGCUAGGGCUAAGGAAGCCUAUUAUUGAUUGCCCGACACGUUGGAUGUCAACGUUGGUCAUGUUGACGAGGUUGGUUGAAUUGAAGGACUUUGCUAAAGACUUUCUCCCCCACGACGAGACCGCCAGUUGGACUGAAAGCAUGUGGGCAAAAGUAGAAAUGAUCAUAGAAUCCCUUCAGCCGGCACAUGAAGCCACGAAAAUGCUUCAGGCAGAACAACUGACAAUCGGAGAUUUCUACGGUGCAUGGUUGACGUGCUCCUUGAAGACAGCAACAAUAUCAUCGCCACUGGCACAGGCCCUCGUUCAGUCAAUGAAGAAACGAGAGGGAAAUCUUUGCAGUACGGAUAUCUUUUGUGCUGCACUGUACAUGGACCACCGCUAUCGCCUUCUUCUGACACCUGAUCAAAAAUACCGAGCGAGAAUGCACCUGUGCAAAACCUGGAAGCGCAUUACAGGCCUUCAGCAGAAUCAGUGUAGCAGCUGCAUUCCAGAGAGCACCGCUGCGCUAACUUCAGAGGAACCAGAAGAUGCCCUCGAGGCGUUUUUGAAAACGAAGGAAGCUGUAGUUGGCGCUCAAUCGCAUUUGACAAGUGAGCCAGGAUCAGCGGACAUCGCACACUUACUGGAAAUGCUGGACAAGGAGCCGCGCAUUCCAAGAAGCACGAAUGUGUUGACAUUUUGGGACGAGCGCAAAGAGCGGCAACCGGAGCUAUACAUGUUAGCACAAGUGGCCCUUGGUGUGCCAGCCACACAAGUCAGCGUGGAGAGGGCAUUUUCGGCAUUGAAGUUUGUUUUGUCAGAGCAGCGGUCUCGCUUAUCGGCGAGUAUACUCGAUGACCUGCUGCUUCUGAAAUCGUGUGCACCCCCUUGACGAAAAUUCGGGAUUCAAACUUGAGGAAAAAUAAAUAUCAAGUUUUUGUUGUA